UGGACUUUAUUUCCGACAUUACUCGUAAAUAAGCGAAAACUAUUCUCGUAUUUGUCUUUUCGCGAAUACACAGCAAUUAAUGUGAAAAUAGAUUAUAACAAAAGAGAUUACUUGACAAACAAUAUUAGGGACCAAAUACACCCUAAUUGGACACUAUAUCCCAUUGUGUCGCCAAAUAAUGUCAAUAAAGUCGUUAUCAUUACCGAAGCCAGAAGUGGAUCCACUUUUCUCGGCGAUUUACUGCAACAAAGUUGGGCCACAUUUUACAACUUUGAGCCCUUGAUUACAAUGCGGGCGAGGAAUCCGCGGACCGACACAUCGAUGGCCGAAGAGGCGGCCACUCUGUUGGCGGCUAUACUUGACUGCAAUUUCACAAACAUCGGCGACAGUUAUCUACAGCCGGUGUUCUGGAAAGUGCCGUAUUUUAACUGGAAUUCAGUUAUGAAACAAUACGUCCAAACAAAUAACAUCCAACUAUUCAACGCCACAGUGAAUGAGUUUGUGUGCCAGAGAUGUCACAAUCGGCUCAUCAAAACCAUCCGAUUUGGUGUUCAAGACUUUCUGGUCUUACAGCAAAAG